ACUCUCCCAGCUCACACUCUUUCCUCUUUAUCUCUAUCUAUAUCUCUCUCUUUCUGUAUCUAUAUUUGUAUCUAUAGUUUUCUUCUCCUUUUCCGUUCAGUAAAUAUGUCAAUAAACACGCGUGGCUUUCUUUAAACUCUCUGAUCUAGUCUCUCAGCACGUACGACCAAAGCUCGUCGCGAUAAAGGAACAAGAAAGUGCUGCUCGGUGACGUUUCAGCAUUUCAUAUCUAAUCCGGCUGCAGACAUUUUUUGGGAUAAAAAUCAAAAUUCAUUCACUGUGGUGCAACUGAGCAGAGUUCGUUCAAUUAAAAGUUAUCCUGUGAUCAUUUAGAUGAGAAAAUAGGUCAACUCUUUGAUAUAGGCUCUAACAAGUGUCGGCGUGCAGAUGGUUUUAGUUGGACUUUUAGUGGUGUCAAGGUUUUUGUUAAUCCGCAAUCACUUACCAAACAACAGUGAAAUUGAGAGGAACAUUACACAUGCUAAGUUGUGAACUCUUUGAAGUUAUAUUGUUUAUUUUCUUUCAAGUGGUCAAGGGAUUUCCUGAUUAACCUUAUAGUCUGCUCAUCUCAAGGUGAAAGUCAAGCUUGGUUUUGACCUACAUUGUUGCUGCUUGAAACCCUUGAGGAUAAUGCAGUUCAUCUUUUAAAUCUAGAAAAAAGGGAAAAAAUGGAAUAUGAGACACUGGUAACUGAUUAUCAGCCAAGUUCUAGAGGGCGGGUGCUUGCUGCUAUUGGACCGGUGCUUUGGAUUGCUGUCAGCUAUGUAGACCCAGGGAAAUGGGCAGCAUCUAUUGAGGGAGGUGCUCGGAUUGGUUUUGACUUAUCCUUGCUGGUGCUUUUGGUAAACUGUGCCGCUAUUUUAUGUCAGUACCUCUCUGCACGCAUAGCAAUUGCAACUGGAAAGAAUCUUGCACAGAUUUGCAGCGAGGAAUACAAUGAUUUCACAUGCAUACUUUUAGGAAUUCAAGCAGAGCUCUCAAUGAUCGUGUUAGAUCUCACAAUGAUCCUGGGUACUGCUUAUGGCCUUAAUGCUGUCCUUGGAGUUGACCUAUUUAAUUGUGUUUUCUUGACUGGCUUUGAUGCCAUUCUGUUUCCGUUUCUUGCUAGCUUCCUUGGAAAUCCCAAGGCAAAGAUCUUAUCCAUAUGUUUGGCAUGCUUUGUAUUGGCAUCUUUUGGCUCGGGAGUUUUUGUAACUCAAUCAGAAACCUCGUACUCCAUGGGUGGGAUUCUUAAUAAGCUGACUGGAGAAAAUGUGUACACACUCAUGAGCAUCGUUGGAGCAAAUAUCAUGCCCCACAACCUAUACCUCCAUUCUUCUAUUGUACAGGUUGAGGGGCAAAUAGAUGUUUCUAAAGAGGCAUUAUGUCAUGACCAUUUUUUUGCCACUUUGUGCAUCUUCAGUGGAAUUUUCCUGGUGAACUCCAUGCUAGUGAACUCAGCUGCCAGUGUGUUUUAUAGUAGUGGAAUAAUUUCACUCACUUCGCAGGAUGCAUUAUCAUUACUCGACCAGGGAUUUCGAAGUAUGUUAGCUUCAGUUGCUUUAAUAUUCAUCAUGUUUGUCUCCAAUCAACUUGUAGCUGUAUCUUGGUGUUUGGGAAGGCAAGUGACCACCCCUGAUUUCUUCAGAUUGGAGAUUCCGGAUUGGCUUCACCGGGCCACCAUCAGAAUAAUUGCCAUAAUUCCAGCUCUUUUUUGUGUUUGGAAUUCAGGAGCUGAAGGUAUAUUUCAACUCCUGAUCUUUACACAGGUUGUGGUUGCUCUUCUGCUUCCAUCUUCUGUCAUCCCUUUAUUUCGAGUGGCUUCUUCCCGAUCGAUUAUGGGAGUCCACAAAAAUUCUCUUCCGGUGGAAUUCUUUGCUCUUGUCUCCUUCAUUGGCAUGCUGGGGUUGAAGAUUGUGUUUGUCAUUGAACUGGUAUUUGGAAGUAGCGAUUGGGUUGUUAGUUUAAGGUGGAACAUUGGAAGUAGUGUACCUAUUUCAUAUAUCAUUCUUCUGAAAGUUGCUCUUGCCUCCUUGUGUUUGACACUUUGGCUGGCGAUUACUCCAUUGAAGUCUGCAAGUUCUGGUGUAGAUACACAGGCAUUGAAGUGGGAUAGCCAAGUUGCUGUCAUUGAUCCAUCUGUAGAGAUAGCCCCAACUGAAGUUAGUGAUCGCCAACAUCGACUGGAAAAGUGUGUAGAAAAGCAGGAAACUGCCUUAUCAUCUGAGAUGUUCACUGGGAGCCAUCAGAACUUACGGGUUCCAACUCCAGAUCUGAGUUUGCCUGAAAGUCUUCUGGAUUCUGAGGUAAAUCUAACAACAAUUGAGGAGAAUACAUCUGAUAGUACAUUUUCAAAGCCUGCUCCUGGUAAUCCUGAGGCACCAGCAAGCAUUUCUGAAUCUUCCUUUCCUGGUUCUGGUGUGAUUGAUAAAAGUGAAUCAUCAGUUGAUGUUGACUUGAGCACAGAAUCAAAAGACGUGGCGGAGAAGAUGUUGAAAAUUGAGGGAGAUAUCCAGGAUGAGAAGGACUAUGAAUCAGAUAAAUGGAAGCCCCACGAGUCAAUCAAAGAUGUUUCUGAGAGUGGCCUGUCCUCAGAUGGUCCGGGAUCUUUCAGAAGUAUUGGUGGAAAAAAUGAUGACGUGGGAAGUGGUGCAGGAAGUCUGUCAAGAAUAGCAGGGUUAGGCCGUGCUGCAAGGCGCCAGUUAACUGCCAUACUUGAUGAGUUCUGGGGGCAGCUGUUUGAUUUCCAUGGACAAGUUACACAUGAAGCCAAGGCUAAGAAAUUGGAUGUUUUGUUGGGGGUUGAUUCUAAGGGAGACUCAAAGUCUUCAUUGGCUUCAGUUAAACUUGAAAGCAUCAGUAAAGAUUCUACUGGAUAUAUCCCUUCUCCUGGUGGUAGAGGACCUGAUCUUUUAAGAACUCCUAGCUUUUUCAAUUCUUACAUGCAACAUAUCGGACAAAGUAACAUUGCAUCACCUCCUGGGGUUCAACAGGGGUCACCAAUGUGGUCUAACCAAAUGCAUCUGAUAGAUGCAUAUGUGAGAACUCCCAACCACAACACCCUCGACAAUAGUGAGAGGCGCUAUCACAGUGUGCAUAUCCCAUCAUCAUCUGAUGGUCUUGGUCAACAACCAGCAACUAUUCAUGGUUAUGAUAUAUCAUCAUAUCUGGGUCAAAUGCCUAAGGAAAAAGGUUCUGAAUAUCAGAAAAGCCAGUUGGAGUCAUUAAAACAAACAUCGGUACCCUCAGUUAAAUCAAACUCUAUAGAUUCGUAUGGUCGACCGUCAGGGCAGAAGCCACAAAAUGGGCUGCGCAAGCCACCAGGUUUUCACAAUGUUCCCGCUGUCGCUCGAAUCAAUUCAUUAAAAUCUGAGAGACCUUUUCAGGACAUUAGAGUUCAUGAACCCGUGGAUUACAAUAAUAACUCGCCCAAUGUGAAGAAAUUUUACAGCAUGCCAGAUAUAUCUGGACUCUAUAUCCCUCAUCGAAAUUCCCCUGAUAAAAGCUCUCAAAGGGAUAAUUCAAUUAGCCGCCCAGCUCGAGAGCCGAUGAGUUCAAGUGCUUCUUCAUGGGUUGGCACUGCAUUAGGAUUUAAUGAAUAUUCUCCUCCAAAGGUUUGUAGAGAUGCUUUUUCGUUGCAAUUCAAUUCUGGUUCAGGUGCUGGUUCGUUGUGGUCUAAGCAGCCUUAUGAACAAUUUGGCGUGGCUGAUAAGUCACCCUCAAAAGCUCCAGAGGCUGCAUCACUUAUUGAAAUGGAAGCGAAGCUUCUGCAGUCUUUUAGAAGUUGCACCUCGAGACUUCUGAAGUUGGAAGGAUCUGAGUGGUUGUUCCGACAGAAUGAUGGAGCUGAUGAGGACCUCAUUGAUCGAGUAGCUGUAAAGGAGAGAAUCCUCUAUGAUGCCGAAACUAGGACUGUGGACAGAAAGCUUAGUACUGUCAUGAGAAUCGAUGAAACAGACCGGUCAAAGUCUAUGUCAGUUCCUAAUUGUGGUGAUGGAUGUGUUUGGCGGGUAGAUCUCGUUCUAAGCUUCGGGGUUUGGUGCAUCCAUAGGAUUCUUGAACUUUCCCUCAUGGAAAGCAGACCUGAGCUAUGGGGUAAAUACACCUAUGUACUAAAUCGUCUUCAGGGGAUUAUUGAUCCAGCUUUUUCAAAGCCUCGUUCCCCAAUGACGCCCUGCUUCUGCCUUCAGUUUCCAGAGGGCUACCAGCAAAAGUCAAGCCCAUCUGUUUCAAAUGGCAGCUUGCCACCCCCUUCAAAAUUAGGACGAGGAAAAUUCACAACUGCAGCAAUGCUUCUAGACAUGGUUAAAGACGUUGAACUUGCUAUAUCUUGCCGCAAGGGGCGAACAGGCACUGCAGCGGGCGAUGUUGCCUUUCCUAAAGGCAAAGAAAACUUGGCGUCUGUUCUGAAAAGAUACAAGCGGCGGUUGUCAAAUAAACCUGUUGGGGAGAAGGCAGAAGCCGGACAAGGAUUGCGGAAGGUAGCUGGUUUAUCAUCUCCAUUAUCAUCUCCUCAGGGGUUGUAGUCAUAGGCGCUGGGAUGAAUGCUUAUUGGCAUGAUUCUGGAGGAGAUGCAGUUAGUCCCCUUUCUCCUUCCCUUGUGUAUUAAAAUCUUCACUGCACUUUUAGUACUUUGUCGUGUAUACAUAGGAUAAAACUGUGGUGCUGGAUGCAACGCAUCUGCAGAAGGAAACGAAAACGGAUUAGAAGAAGAAAGGUGGAAGUCUAUUUUUAUUGAAAGUGGAAACUAGUUUUAACUUGGUAACUGGUGUGGUAUUCUGUGGUAUGGUAUAUAAUUAUUCCUACGAUGAAGCAACCGCCAAAGCUAUUUUGCAGACA